AUGAGGGGCAGGGAGGGGCGGAGAGGGAAGAUGGCGGCCGGCGGUGGCGGAGGCUGCGCGCCGGAGCAGGAGCAGUUCGAGGACGCUCCCGAUGUGGAACCGUUGGAACCAACGUUGGGGAAUGUGGUGGAACAGAAGAGUCUGAAGUGGAUCUUCGUGGGGGGGAAGGGAGGAGUGGGGAAGACAACGUGCAGCUGCAGCCUGGCAGUGCAGCUCAGCCGCCUCCGCUCCAGUGUCCUGCUCAUCUCCACUGACCCAGCUCACAACAUCUCUGACGCCUUCGACCAGAAGUUCUCCAAGGUCCCGACCAAGGUCCAGGGAUACGAGAACCUGUUUGCUAUGGAGAUCGACCCCAGCCUGGGGGUGGCUGAGCUGCCGGAUGAGUUCUUUGAAGAGGACAAUGUUCUCAGCAUGGGCAAGAAGAUGAUGCAGGAGGCAAUGAGUGCGUUCCCUGGCAUCGAUGAGGCCAUGAGCUAUGCCGAGGUCAUGAGGCUGGUCAAGGGGAUGAACUUCUCCGUUGUGGUGUUUGACACGGCCCCAACCGGACACACCUUGAGGCUGCUCAACUUCCCAACCAUAGUGGAGCGAGGCCUGGGCCGGCUCAUGCAGAUCAAGAACCAGAUCAGCCCCUUCAUCUCCCAGAUGUGCAACAUGUUGGGCUUGGGGGAUAUGAACGCGGAUCAAUUGGCCUCGAAGCUGGAGGAGACUCUGCCUGUUAUCCGCUCAGUCAGUGAGCAGUUCAGGGACCCGGAACAAACAACCUUCAUCUGUGUGUGUAUUGCUGAGUUCCUGUCCCUGUACGAGACCGAGCGGCUGAUCCAGGAACUGGCCAAGUGUCACAUUGACACCCACAACAUUGUAGUGAACCAGCUGGUGUUCCCUGACCCACUGAGGCCCUGCAGGAUGUGUGAGGCCAGACACAGGAUCCAGGCCAAGUACCUGGACCAGAUGGAGGAUCUCUAUGAGGACUUCCACAUCGUGAAGCUGCCGCUGCUGCCCCAUGAGGUCCGUGGGGCUGACAAAGUCAACUCCUUCUCCUCCCUCCUGCUGGACCCAUAUCAACCCCCCAGCCCCAAAUGACCCCAUUGGGGUCACCCCAUAUCCACCCCAUAGUGUCCUAUGGGGCCGUGUGAAUAACACCCAGCUUGAGCUGUU